AACUCUGGCCAAUGUAUCAAUCCGUGAGAGUGGGGGCCGCGUCGGAAUUGACUGAACAUGGAGCCCUACCUGAGGGACUGCAGAGGGGCUUUGGAGAGGGGAGCUCCCACCGUACAUGUCGUCCUGGGAAAUGAAGCUUGUGAUCUGGACUCCAUGGUUUCCGCCAUCGCGUUUGCCUACUUCCUGAGCAAGACUGCCUCGGAGAAGAAGGCCAUCUUCCUGCCCGUCCUGAAUAUUCCACGCUCCGAGUUUCCUCUGCGGGGAGAGUGUACGUUCCUCCUGCGGGAGAGCCAUCUCUCCGAGGAGCUGUUGGUGUUCCGGGAUGAGAUCGAUCUGCACGCCCUCCACAAGAAUGGUCAACUCGCCCUCACCCUGGUUGACCACAACGUCCUGCCCAGAGGUGACUCGUCUCUGGAGGAGGUGGUGAAGGAGGUGGUGGACCACCGGCGUCUGGAGCGCCCCCUGGCCCCUGGCCUCGUGGUGACCGCCGAGCCCGUGGGGUCCUGCACGACCUUGGUGACGGAACGGAUCGUCCAAACAGCGCCCGACAUUCUAGACAGGCAGCUUGCUUACAUCCUGCGCUGUACCAUUCUUCUGGACUGCAUUAACAUGGCGCCCGAAGCCGGGAAAGUGACACCAAAGGACGCCGAAUACGUCACCGCCUUGGAAUCGAGGUUUAACGACCUCCCGCCCAGGGCUGUCGUCUUUGAUACACUGCAGAGAGCCAAGUUCGAUGUCAGCGGGCUGACUAUUGAGCAGAUGCUGAGGAAAGACCUGAAGGUUUUGUCUGGAGAGGAUAUCCUUUUGGCCAUCAGUGCUGUCUACCUGAGACUAGAGGAUUUACUGGCCCGACCCGGCCUGAAGGAGGGGCUCGAGAAAUUUUGUCGGGGCGGGGGCUAUGGCGUUCUGGUUGUCAUGACGAUCUCCUUCAUCCAAGAGAGCCAACCUUUCCGCCAAUUGGCAGUCUACAGCCCGCACUGUGACUUGAGGGAAUCGGUGAGCCAGGCAUUGGAGGAGUCCGAGAACCCUUCGCUACAGUUGACGCCAAUGGACAGCCCAGAUUCGGAAAUCGCGGCCUACCACCAGGGGAAUGCGCAGGCCUCUCGCAAGAAGGUGCUGCCGGUCGUCGGGGACUUCCUGAAGGCUCGGGAGGCCGGCCGGUCAGACUCCGCCGUCAUCUGCCGAGGGUGGGUAACCGGCUUGCGGGCCCCGAGGGGGGUCCAGGAGGAGGAGGAGGAUGGGGAGGAGGCUGCCCAUGAUGAAGAGGUCUGCCUACCCCCCACUCCUAUGAACAGCCUGGUGGAGGGCUGCCCUCUGGACGGGGGGCUGCCCAAACUCUCGCAGGAGGCCAUCUUGGAGCGGUUUGACAAAAUGGCCGCCGAGGCCCCUGCAGUGGAUUCCAGCGACAGCUAGGCCCGGAACUGCAGAGGUGGGAUGGAGAUUCUGGUUUUCACGGUCGAGGUUGUCAAUGGGAGAGGAGUUGACUCGACAGUGGGGAAAGAGGCAGGUUUGAAAUUAGCUGGAGUCUUGCCCAGGCUCCUGCCCUCGAUGAACUUUUGCCUCCCUUCCAGGCAAGGAGACACUUUCCUUGACUUAACACCUGGUAUUCCUUCCCACCCCACCCCACCCCCACUUUCCCACCAAUCCUCGCUUUUCCUACCUCCUGCUACUGCGUGUCAAUCUUCUGGGGAAAAUGUGACCAUGGUGUGAUUUUGUGGCAGCGUUUAAUAAUUGGGGUGGGGUGGGGGGGUGCGGAUGUUGAAGGUUCAAAGGGCGCAGUGGGGCUAAUGGCGUCUUCCUCUGCUGUCCUGUUCCUUGGCAUCCUGACACCAACAUCCACAGGAGGAGGCCAUUCAGCCCCUUCAGUCUCUUCCUCCUUUCAGUGGGGCAUCCGGUUUCCUCCCCACAGUCCAAAGACGUGCAGGUUAGGUGGAUUGGCCGUGCUAAAUUGCCCCCAGGGCAAGUUGGGUUAACUCUCGGUCAAUGUGGAGUUGGUAGAGUGGGAUGCUCUCUGG